AUGGCAGUUAGGAAACCUUUAACUCAGUUUACUACCCCUUUAGGUUCAGGAGCAGGUGUUCCCAAAGACAAACGACCACCACGCGUCACAGAUUCUGCCACGCGAUUGGCAAAACCAUUUAAAGUUCCAUUUGCAUCGAAUCUGAAAUCAGUAUCCUCAACAACUAUCACAAUUUCACGUAGACCAGUUAGGUCUUCGCGUAAAAGAACAAAUUACGCGGAUUAUGGGAUUGCAUCUGACGAUGAGAAAGAUGAUCAUAGUGUCAAUGAAGAUGGACAAAUAAUAAAACGUAAAAAAUUUGGAGCAUUAUUACCAAGAUCAGUUAUUAAUUCUGACAAUAUUGCUAGAAACGAAGAUAAAUUUAGACGUUCCUUUACUGUCCCAUUUGAUAAAAAUAAUACCAAACAAACAGAAAUUGAAAGAGGUCCACCACCACCAUUAGGAACAAAAGUACGAGCAAUUCUUCCACCUCGUGCAUUACAUGAUCCAACUAGUGAAUUUGCAAUAGUGCUUUAUGAUCCAACAGUUGAUAAAAUUCCAAAAAUUUCUGAAGUGGAAAGUUCUAGUUCUCCUGAACCGGAACCAGAACCAGAACCUGAACAGGGACAAAGACCAUCCAAGAGAAAAAGAACUCACAAAUCUUUAGCAGAAAUAUUAGGAAUAGUGACCAACCCUGAAGAGAAAUUAUCGAAAUACCCUGAUGUUCCUGUUGUUAUAGAUCCAAAAUUAGCCAAAAUAUUACGUCCUCAUCAAAUUGCUGGUGUUAAAUUUUUGUAUCGAUGCACGGCAGGGUUAAUUGAUGCUAGAGCCAAAGGAUGUAUUAUGGCUGAUGAAAUGGGUUUAGGGAAAACUUUACAAUGUCUUGCAUUAAUGUGGACAUUGCUUCGACAAUCACCAAGAGGGAAGAGAACAAUAGAAAAAUGUAUUAUUGUUUGUCCUUCUUCAUUAGUUAGAAAUUGGGCUAAUGAAAUUGUCAAAUGGUUAGGUGAAGGUGCACUAACUCCUUUGGCUGUUGAUGGUAAAAGUACCAAAUCUAGUGACUUGGGUACUGCUUUACAACAAUGGUCAACUGCUCAAGGGAGAAAUAUAGUUCGACCGGUGUUAAUCAUAUCGUAUGAAACAUUACGUAGGAAUGUCGACAAAUUAGCUGGUACUGAGGUUGGUUUAAUGUUGGCCGAUGAAGGUCAUCGAUUGAAAAAUGGUGACUCGUUAACAUUCACAGCAUUGAAUUCAUUGAGGUGUGAAAGAAGAGUCAUUUUAUCUGGUACUCCUAUCCAAAAUGAUUUAUCGGAAUAUUUUUCAUUAUUGAAUUUUGCCAACCCAGGUUAUUUGGGUACAAGAAAUGAAUUUAGAAAAAAUUAUGAAAAUGCUAUUUUGAGAGGCAGAGAUUCUACUGCAACUGAUGAAGAACGUGCAAAAGGUGACAAGAAAUUAGGAGAAUUGUCACAAAUGGUUUCUAAAUUUAUUAUUAGAAGAACCAAUGAUAUUUUAUCAAAAUACUUGCCCAUCAAAUACGAGUAUGUGUUGUUCACGGGUUUAUCACCAAUGCAGAAAACUUUGUAUAAUCAUUUCAUUACAUCUCCAGAAAUUAAAAAGUUAAUUAAAGGUAUUGGAUCACAACCAUUAAAAGCGAUUGGUAUGUUGAAAAAACUUUGUAAUCAUCCUGAUUUGUUAGAUUUACCUGAUGAUAUCGAAGGUUCAGCAGAUUUAAUUCCAGAUGAUUAUCAAUCAUCGAUUGCUGGUGGGUCAGCAGGUCGUAAUCGUGAAAUUCAGACUUGGUUUAGUGGUAAAUUUCUAAUAUUGGAGAGAUUUCUUCGGAAAAUCAAUAAAGAAACUGAUGAUAAAAUUGUCUUAAUUUCAAAUUAUACACAAACUUUGGAUUUGAUUGAAAAAAUGUGUCGUUACAAGAAGUAUGGGGUUUUGAGAUUAGAUGGUACUAUGAAUAUAAAUAAACGACAAAAAUUGGUCGAUAAAUUCAAUGAUCCAAAUGGACCAGAGUUUAUCUUUUUGCUUUCUUCCAAAGCUGGUGGUUGUGGCAUCAACUUAAUUGGUGCUAACCGAUUAGUUUUGAUUGAUCCCGAUUGGAAUCCGGCCCUGGACCAACAAGCUUUGGCUCGUGUCUGGAGAGACGGUCAGAAAAAGGAUUGUUUCAUAUACAGGCUUAUAUCUACUGGCACAAUUGAAGAAAAGAUUUUCCAAAGACAAUCAAUGAAAAUGUCAUUAUCGAGUUGUGUUGUUGAUGAAAAAGAAGACGUUGAAAGACUUUUCUCUUCUGAAAAUUUAAGGCAAUUAUUUAAAUUCCAACCUGAUACUGAAUGUGAUACUCAUGAUACCUUCCAUUGUAAUCGUUGUAAAAAGGAUAAAGGACAAUUCAUAAAGGCACCAGCAAUGCUUUAUGGUGAUGCCACGACUUGGAAUCAUUUGAAUCAUCAAGCAUUAGGUAAUAACGAGGAUAUUCUAGUAGCCAAUGAGGCUCAGCACAAUGAUGUAUCUUUUGCAUUCCAGUAUAUAUCUCAUUAA